GCCUCCGGUGCUGACACGCGCCUUCAGUGUGUCCAUGUGUGUGUGCUGGAGGAGGAGGGGACGGUUUCUAGGUUUUCCUCCGUGAUCGCUGCACUGGGUUUUCUGCUGAAGGAGACACGAGCGGACGCACGAGCAGCUGGAGUGGAUUAAGAGCAAUAUCACGCGCGUCAUUACGCAUCAGGCUGCUCCGCCGUGGACUACAUCCGUUUAACUAGCCCACGGAGAGAGCACUGUUACCACUACUAACACUGAUUAGAGGCUUACAGGGAGGGGGAGGAGAGCGGGUGACACGGUGUGACACGGUCCUCACGGUCACACGCCGAGCACAGGGGAAAGUUGGAGUAACGUGGGCGGACGGUGGGAGAGGGAGCGCCAGGAUUUUCCGUGUAACCCGCACCUGGACCGACCUCUCCGGAUACACCGUGGAUGCUCCGACGCGCGCAGCCUCGCCGGAAUAUGCGGACCUUCACGGACUCUGUGAACACUUCUCCCGCCUCCUCCGUGCUGGUCUGAGUCUGCGGAGCGGGGUCCAGGCUCCCAGACAACACCGUCUCCAGGGGCUUUUGCUCGGUCCACCAUGUCGGCGACAGUUUCACUGGUUUCCAGCGUAGAAAGAGAGAGAGUGUGAGUGAGAGACACCGAGAGGGCGAGAGAGACGUGGUGAAGGGGACCGGGCAGCGCGGGAGACCGAGCCUGUAUUCAUGUCUUGUGGGAUUACUGCUGGACGCGACAUGAUCCUGAUUAAUAUCAUCACUUUGGUGUUUGUGUUGGAUGUGUGUGUCAGUGACUCGGAGCUGGGCCCCCCCGGGUGGAGGGAACCUCUGGACUGUGUCCGAGCCUCCGAACUGUGCAACCAAAACAGUCAGUGCAGCUCACGUUACCGGAUCAUGCGCCAGUGCCUGUCUGGUGGGGACAAAGAGCGCAGCACCAUGCUGGCCUCCAAAGAGUGCCAGGGGGCGCUGGAGGUGCUGCAGGACUCGCCGCUGUACGACUGCCGCUGCAAGAGAGGCAUGAAGAAGGAGCUGCAGUGCCUGCAGAACUACUGGAGCAUCCACAUGGGUCUGACUGAGGGGGAAGAGUUUUACGAGACGUCUCCGUACGAGCCGAUCCAUUUCUCAGAGGAAUUCCGACACGCAUCCAUCAUCUCAGAUUCAUCUUUGUUGAAGAUGAGCCCCUGCUCUGAAGCGGGGAAACCCUGUAACCCCUGUCUGGAUGCGGCGAAGGCGUGCAACCUCAACGAGACGUGUAAACGCCUGCGAUCAGCCUACAACUCUAUCUGCAGCAAGGCCACGCCCCCACAGCCCUCUCUGGCCAAUCAGGAGCCAUGCAGCCGGAAAAGGUGUCAGAAGGCCCUACGUCAGUUCUUCGAGCGAGUACCGUGGGAGCUGAGCUACCCUCUGCUGUUCUGCUCCUGCCCGGACCAGGCAUGUGCCGAGCGCCGCCGCCGCACCAUCGUCCCCUCCUGCUCCCACCAGGAGAGGCACAAGCCCACCUGCCUGGAGCUCCGGCAUACCUGCCGCUCCGACGCUCUCUGCAGGUCUCGACUUGCUGAUUUCCACAUGAACUGCCAGAUGACGUCUCACACUGUCACCAGCUGUCCCCACGAUAACUACCACGGCUGCCUCAUGUCCUAUGUCGGCCUCAUCGGUUCUGAUGUGACGCCUAACUACAGCGACAGCAGCCCGUCCAACAUCACCAUCAGCCUGUGGUGCACCUGCAGAGGCAGCGGCAGUCAGGAGCGCCACUGUGACGCUUUCCACAGGGACUUCACGCACAACACCUGCCUCAAAAGCGCCAUCCAGUCGUUUGGUUACGGCUCAGAGGGAGGGACCCCGCUUGGAACCGAGCCCUCAUCCACCUUCUUGCCCCCCGCCCAGCCGCCCAUCAUCUCCAAACCUGCUCCCUCGCUACAUGGAAACGCAAUCAAACCCAUGGACAGUGCUUGUAUGUUUUCCACCUGUGCCAACUUGCAGGAUGGAGGCCAGAAGUGCAUCUCCUCUGAUGAAUUCGAGUGUGAGGAGGCUCUGUUGGCCCAGGGGUCAAUAGACUCUCCGGACUCUGCGGGGCCCAAGAGCAGCAGCCGGCACUCAGCUCCACUCCUGCACCGCGCCCCUGUGACUGUGUGUGUGUGUGUUCUGCCAACCUUUCUACUCUACAUCUCAUAAAUGUGAACUCACAACCAAACACACAAACACACACACACACACACAUAUAUACACACACUUCUAAAUGGCAAAACCCAGAGAAAGUCGCAUGAUGAACGCCCUUCACUACAGGAAAAUGUCAACCAGCAGACGCCCGAGCAGCAACAACGGCCUUUCCAGGAGGGAAAGUAUUCUGGAGGAUGUUCAGAUGAGCUCUCUCUCUCCGCCACACACACAAUGACGACGACACUAGACUGUGGAUUUUGUGAACAACGAGAACGGCAGAGACACAGACUCUUGGGAUUUUGGAUCUCAGCGGCUUCUUUUCCAACGGUCCGUGACUGGAGGGCUUGUGUGCAGCCCAGCUCGGACUCACUCCCGCCGGCUUUGUUGGAUCUGAGACAGCUGGGCCGAAAAACAGUGGGACUUUGGCUCAAGCACAAAACCACACACACACACACACACACACACUCACACAACAAGUCUUACUGGCAGCAACAAGAGAGAGAGAGAGAGAGGAGAGGAUUUUCAGGCUGCACAGAUGGGACAGAUCCUUCCACGGUGUUUGUCAGCUCAAUUUAUCACCCCGGAACUCUCUGGUGGCAAGAAGUCUAUACGACAUACAUACAAAGCACAAACACACACAGACACAGACACACACCGUCGCCCUCCCCUUAGACCUCGUUAGCGGGCAAACAGGGUCUCCACACGGACACAGACACUCAGUGUGCUUUCUGCGGGUCUUUAUCUUAAUUUUGUUGUCGACAUCCUGUACAGAGCUCAUUCAGUGUGAAAUAUGAACAAAGCCCAUCAAACAGAGUCUCGCUGGAGGAGUGUAUAUUUCACCUUCUGUUAGUGUACAGCUGUGAGUGUGUCUUUCUUUAUGUGGGUGUGUCUGAACAGCGUGUGUGUGUGUGUCUGUGCUGGGAAGCAAAGAAACGCUGUAACAAUUUCAAUCUACAAGCAACUGAAUCCCACAGUGUGAACCUGCAUCGCUGCUGACUGCUUCAUGCUGACGUUUAAAUACCACUGAAGAGAACACAGUGACACCUUUUACUUUAUCCUCAACAUCAUCUGUUCCAGGUCUGCUUAUUUUGUCAAAAUUCAAUUUUGUGAAUCCGUUUGCUGCUGCACACGUUCACGGCUCCGCUGCCUCAUUCUGGUUCUUAUACUCGUAACAUCUGCCCUGUCCUACCAGACACUGGAGAUGUGCCAGAUGUGCUGCGUCAGCACAAAGCUCCUGUUAGAGCCGAGCGUGAACAGGCAGCUUCACUCCCGACUAACUGUGCCAGUACAGGAAUUGAUCAGUUAUUGAUCGGACACCGGAGCAUGAAUAACAACACAGUGAUAAGUCUGCUCUAAGCACAGUCAGAUGUGUACACUCAGUGCUCAGUUUAUUAGGAACACCUGUGACACACUGAGUUGGUCUGGUCCUGCAGCGAAUCGUCCUCCAUGAAGGUGACGAUGUUCAGUCUGAUUCACAGAGGUGUUGGUUCACCUGUGUGGUCACUGUGGAGGCCACAGGUUGUUCACCUGGACCAGGCUACAUGGAGAGCUGCUUCUGACAGGUGUUUGUUAUGUUUUCACCACGUUCCUGAGGCACUGACGCUCAAUAAAUUGACCACACUAAUGUGGAUAAAGUCAAAUACUUCAGUGUUACACAUUCAAGUGUAUUUAUGUGUGUACAUGAAGUACUCAGUGGUGAUUUCAUUUUGCAGUUCAAUUGCUUAUAACAUUGAAAUAUUAUGUCCUCUUUUGUUUCUAUAAAUGUGUGCGUGCUUGUGUGUGUGCGGGUCUUUCAGUGUGUACUUUACC